AGUAGCACCACGCCCCACCUCCAUAUUAUAAAUCCACAGUAUAACACUAUCCUUCGCACUUCAGUUUUGGUCAAACUGAUGAUUUAUUUACAGGAAUACAUUUGCCACACGAAAUUAACCUCGCAGCAAAGACGAACCAACUACGGACGCUGGAUUUGUGAAAAAAUUCUAUGCCUACAUAUGGAAAGGGCGUCUCGGCACACGUUUGUCAGUUGCACAUAAAUGUCCGUUUCUGAAGCACAAAAGAUCAUUAUGAAUUAAAGGAUCAGAGUGCGGAUAUUAUAAUAGGCUUCGAGACUAUCUCUCCUAUACACAUAUCAUAUGUUGUCAAAAAAUUCACAUUUUACUUCAAGUUUCAAGCAAGUCUCCGUUCCUGAUAUGAUUUCUCUCCUUGUUUAGAGAGGUAAAGAUGUAUGUGAAAUCAACUUACAUACCAGUUCGAAGGCGGAAGAGGAGGAAGCGUUUCCCAGCAGCUAUAAUUGAAGAUAACUUGAACUCCAGUUUUUAUUUGUUCAAUGCUUUGAAUGCUGACAGUAUAAAGAAGUUCAAAGCAGACCAGAAAUGUAAUCCAAAAAAGAAAAGGAAGCCUAAAAAGUUGCAGAAUAGUGUCCAUUUUGAUACAGCUACUGUAGAUUUGAAAGCAGAGAAAGAGAACAGGAAAAAGAGUAAAAUGAAGGGAACUAUGAGGAAAGAGGGUGUUGCUGCCGCAAAAAAGUACAAAUUUUUCCAGCCAGAAGUAAAGGUCUUUAGCGAUGUCACACACAGCCCAAACACAACAUUUGAUAGGUUACUUCGCAGUUCCAGGAAACCAUUGGUCGACAAAAAUUCGUUGAGUGGUGUGAAACAUCAGGUUGAACACAUUGACUCAGUGCUACUUUCACCUGCACAUUGUCUACAAAUAGACAAAGGAAGUAACAGAACAAGUACUCCAAUUUUGAUUUCACCUGUUUUCCCAGCAGUUUCAGUUCGUAAUAAACGAAGGAACAAAAAUUAUGAUCUGAAGAGAGAUGGUAGAAAUAUGUUGACACAGGAGUUAAGGAAUAGUAUUGAAAAUAUUGAGAAAUCUUCCCAACACCACUCUUUCAUUUUGGCUGCCUCUGAUUCCACCUUUUCACCUUCACCGCUUCUGUGUGAUGCAGAUGACACUGAUGGAUCCAGUGUGGUCAGUUUUCUUGAAUCACGUGCACAUAUUUCUGAAUGUCUUCAUAACAAAAUUGUAGAACAGUGUAAAUGUGAGGAUAGUCCCUUCUCCCAGGUUGCAAAAAUGACUAGAAAUAGUAUUGAAAAUAAGAACAUUGAUUACAAAAUUACACAUCAAGAUUCUUCUGGAAAUAUUUCAGGAAUGAGAAUGAGAUUGAGAAGAACUAUGGCAAGUGAAAAUGAAGGGCCUAAUAAUACUUACAACUCACUUAAUCCUGAUGAAAGCUUCUAUUCAUCAGUCAAAAUAAGACAAAAAAGGAAUAAGAAAACAAAGAAUGGACAUGACAAUGUUGAGAACACUCGAAGUUCUGAUGAUUUCCUUUCGCCAAUUUUCACAAGAUCUAAGAGUAGUAGUGAGAGUCAGGGUGCACGCGAGAAAGCUAUUGGAGUUCAGGAAUUUAUAAGUGUUCGUGUUUCUAAUAAAAGGUCUGGUAGUGACAGUGUGUAUAAUAAAGGUAAAAGCAAUUGUAAUAUUGACGAAAGCAUACCUUCGUCAGUCAGAAUUAAAAAUAAAAGAAUUGAGAACAGAUAUCAAACACGUUCUAGUAGUCAACGUCAUGAGAGAUACUUGGUGCCACUAGUUAGCGGUUCCCAGCACAAUGAAAGUGGAAGCAAUGGUGACAGCACGACUUGGGAUGGACCAGAGUUUGGCCAACUUCAAUUUGCAAUGACUUGUGAAAGUCCUGACAUGUUCUCUUCUGUGGAUGAGAUUGAAACUGAUAUGGUUGCAUUUCAACGUGGAACUGUAGUUCAAAAGAGCCAUUUGUACUUCCCUGACGAAAGUGCCUCAAGUAGAAAUUUGUCUUCAGACUCUGUUAUUACAAACAAUUCUCAUGAGUACCAUAGGUUACUCAUGUCAAAUGAUGCACAUUCAUUUAAUUUACAUGUAAGAAAAGCAGAGUUCAGCCACUCAGUAUCUUCAAUGGAAAUCAAAGGUAACAGUGAUGUGGAUAGGAAGUCAAUAGGUAACAUCAUUAACUUAUCUUCACAGGUUAGCAGUACACUUAAUCUCAGCAGUCCAGUACAUGCAGGACUAUCAGAUUCAAUAAUUACUUCAGUACAGAGUUCAGACUGUGAUAAUGUAGUAAAUGAAGUGUGUGCCAAUAGAAGUAAGUCAUUAGAGGCAGAAUUUGACAAUGGUGGCUCUUUUAGAGCUACUGCAAUUAAAAAUUUAAUGCCAGUUGAUGCUGAAGUAAAUCGGUGCAGCAGAAGAACUCGGAAGUCUGCUCGUAGUUCAAGUGCUGCAGUUUUUUCAUCACCUUCACACAUUGAGACAUGCAUACCUUCACACAAAGAUAUGUGUACAACUAACAUAUUGUCACAGGCAACUCAUCAAGAAGAAGAAUCAGAAAAUGUGUCCGAUGUUUUAUAUCGAGCUGCUGACAGCCACGAAUUGAGCUAUUGUAAAGGGCAAAAUUUGGCCCACGACACAAGUCUGUACUGUGGAAAAAAUGCAGAACUGUCGUAUCGUAAUCCCAGCAGGAGGUCCAGUCUGUGCAGGAGGCUUUCGCAUGUGGUAAUUCCAGAAAGGCGGACACGAGGAAGUAAUAAUUCAAAUGGAUCAUUGCCAGUGUCUGAUAAAAGAUCUGUCCCCCUUUCAGAUUUUACCGUCUCCGUAAUAAUAGAGGAAGACGAAGACGAACUGGCUCCUGAAAUUGCGACUCGAGGACUAGUUUCUGCAAGGGACAUGGUACUGGGCAGGUGUAACCAGCUCGAACCCCUUAACUUUGAGAAGGCCUUUCCACCCAGGUUUUUUGACAAUUGUAAGAAGAUAGGUGAAGGCUUAUAUGGAGAAGUGUUUUUCUGUCAAUAUAAUUGUACCUCUGACAGGGUGCUCAAGAUUAUCCCCAUUGAAGGUCAUAUCUUGGUGAAUGGGGAGAAGCAAAAAAAGUAUGAAGAAGUCCUUUCAGAAUUGGUUAUUGCUAUGGAAUUGAGUAAUUUACGUAAUGAUGCACAGUUCAAAACUAGCUGCUUUGUUGAGGUUGCUCGGUGUGUGUGUGUUCAAGGAAAAUAUCCACAGAGGCUUAUUGAUCUCUGGAAUGAAUAUCAUGAGGAAAAAGUGUCUGAAAAUGAUUCACCAACUAUCUUUGAUGACAGCCAACUCUUUCUCAUAUUUGAAUUGGCUGAUGGUGGCAAAGCAUUGGAAAGCUACUGUUUUACAUCAGCUGCCCAAGCAUUUUCAGCCUUUGUUCAGUUAGCAUUUGCUUUGGCAGUAGCAGAGAUCACUCUGGAAUUUGAGCACAGAGAUUUACACUGGGGUAAUGUGUUAAUAAAGAAGACUUCAGCGAAGCAUAUUACUUUCAAAUUAAGUGGAAAGGAAUUUUCAAUUCCAGCAAAUGGAAUACAGGUCACAGUUAUAGAUUACACUUUAUCGAGAAUGUCGUAUAGUGGCUGUUGCAUUUUCAAUGAUCUGGCUGUGGACCCAGACCUCUUCACCUCACAAGGAGAUUAUCAGUUUGAAGUGUACCGCUUAAUGCAAAAUACAGUGAAAAAUGAAUGGAGAAAUUUCAGGCCCUACACAAAUAUUCUUUGGUUGCACUACACCUUGGGCAAAAUGUUGCAAGGUGUCCAUUACAAAAACAUCUCCACGAAGAUUCACAAGAAAUUUAGAACAAAGCUAGCUAACUGUUAUAAUGAUGUACUGAAGUAUAAUAGUGCUCAUGAUUUAGUUACUAGCGGGAAUUUACUGGAAAUGAUUAAAUAAUAUCUUCCAAAGAUGAA